AUGCCGUCCAACAAAGCAGAACACAAGCGCAAGCGCUCAGCGGACAAUGACCGUCCUAAUAAAAAGCCUGCACUGCACCAGCUGCCCCCGCUGGCCGCCAGCGUUAUUGAAGAUAAGAGCGAGUUGGCACCAGUAAUUGCCGACACUCCCGGUAUCCAAAGUUCGAAAUCCCUCCGCUGGAACCCAUAUAUCAAAAGCCGCGCCAAUGUUUCCAAGUCUGCGGCAUCGACUCGGAAUCCGGGCAUUGUCUCUUCAGAGAUGCUGCUGCAGUCCUCAGACCACGCCAAGUUGGAUUUCGUCGGUCGUGAAGGCACGGGAGAUGAUACUGACUCCCAAGUGAAGCACUAUGUCGCAGUUAUUGACCCGGAGCGCAAGACAUGGAAGGUCGUGGAGGUGCGACGAGCGACACUGCGAGGAGCAGUUAGAAGCCGCAAGCCCGAGGAAGACUCAGACGAAGAAAUGGUAUCUUCUCCCACCUGCAGUUCCAUACACCAGCAUCCAACUAACAAACAGCACCAGAACAACAUGCGCGCCCAACGUACCGCCCUAACCAACACCUUCGGAACCAAACAAUCCCGCAAGGCCGUGCAAUCCAUGGCCGAGAACGCCCAGCUCUCCAACGCCCCCGCCGGCGCCGUUCCCCAAGCCGGUGCAGCCCUCAUCUCCUCGCUGCCUGCAAACACAGCCUCCGGUCUCGCCAAGGCUCUCGCCAUGCAAGCCGAAGUGCAAGCCGCGAAGCCCCUCCCAACCCCGAACCUCGCCGUCUCGCACCCCUCCGACGUUUACACAAUUGAAACCCUCGUCCCAGGCAGUCACUCAACCCUCAGCCAAUUAAACGGCGUGGACGAGUGGAAAUCUCAAGUGGAAGCCGGUCUCGGCGUGACAACCGUCUCGCGCUACGUCUCGAACCGCGUCGCCGCAGUCGUCAACUCAGACAACACCACCCACCUCCAAGUCCUCCGCUUCAUCCAGCUGCUCAUCGAAUUCGGACGCUGCCUCAAAAAUGCAGGCGCAAACGCCAAGGGCGGCGGCCCAGGCAGCAAGCGUCUCCCGCCCCGCGAUGACCUCCGCCGCAUCCUAUCGAACACUACAGGCUCCGCCGUUGUGAAGCCCAAGCCCGGCGCUGCUGCCGAGACUGCCUCCGAUCUGCUUCCGGAGUCUGUUGUCGAUGCCGUGCGUCGUCGCUUCGCACCCAGUGGCGGCUACGUCUCCAAGAACGACUUCACCCUCCUGCAAACUACCAUCUGUGCGCUCUCGCUACACAUUCCGCCCCAGCCGGCUCGCGAUGGUGGAUCCAGCUCGCUUGGUGGCAAUGCGCCCAACGAGCUUGCGACGGAUCCUUCCGAUCUGCGUGAUGAUCUACGUCUUGACCCGAAUACCAUUCACCAGUACUUCCGUGAGCUUGGUUGUCGGAUUGAUAAGCCUCGUGAGACGGAGUUCGCGAAGUGGAAUAUCAAGGGUGGGCGUGCAGAGGCGCAUGCCCGUCGUGUUGCUCGCUUGCGUGUGCCCGUUGAGUUCCCGAAGGUUAGCCGUGGUGGUCGGAAGUAG